AUGAGUCCAACACGCUACGCUACCCUAAUCACACUCGAAUCCUCGCUUCGCCAAAAUGAAAACACGAUUGCUUUUUUCGCAUUAGCUCACCCGCUAGGGCGAGGUAUAGGAGAGCCAGGCCAGCCAGCAAAUAUGCCACCCAAACCAGGCCUAGCGUACCUAUUCACCGCCAACUUGACCAUCUCACCCGCCACGCCCAUAGGAGCAACGCCAACGGGCAACAUGACAGUUCUCACAUUCGGCCGAGUCAACGGUUCUCUUCUACCCCCUCGUUGGUUUGCUUCUUUCUAUGGGCAGAAACCUCCAGGCGCCGUUAUAAGCGGUAUCGGAAAUCCUUCAAUCGACGGCCUCGGGGUAUUUCAUCAAGACAAACAACGGGGCGGCCAUUUUCGUGCAGCACACUGGUGA